AAUUCAUUGUAUCAGAUUGAGACGGGAGGAAGCAGCGAGAGACUCGACUGGUCGGCGAAGCGACUCUGCCCGUGAAACACAGUAAACUUCGACUGCUAGCCACAUAAACUGCAGGGAUGGCAGCCAUCCGUAAGAAACUGGUGAUAGUGGGGGAUGGAGCUUGUGGAAAGACCUGCCUUCUGAUUGUCUUCAGCAAGGACCAGUUCCCUGAGGUCUACGUCCCCACUGUGUUUGAGAACUACGUGGCUGACAUAGAAGUGGACGGCAAACAGGUGGAGCUGGCUCUCUGGGACACAGCAGGUCAGGAGGACUACGACAGGCUGAGACCUCUCUCCUAUCCAGACACUGACGUCAUUCUCAUGUGCUUCUCCAUAGACAGCCCUGACAGCUUGGAAAACAUUCCAGAGAAGUGGACCCCAGAGGUCAAACACUUCUGUCCCAACGUUCCCAUCAUCCUGGUAGGAAACAAGAAAGACCUGCGCAACGACGAGCACACGCGCCGAGAGCUGGCCAAGAUGAAGCAGGAGCCAGUGAAGUCGGAGGAGGGCAGGGACAUGGCAGGCCGGAUUGCUGCAUUCGGCUACAUGGAGUGCUCUGCUAAGACCAAGGACGGCGUGCGAGAGGUGUUCGAGAUGGCCACCAGGGCAGCGCUGCAGGCCCGCCGUGGAAAGAAGAGCAAUAAAUGUGUACUGCUGUAAUAUGGCAGACAUAUUUGGACUGUUUUUACCCUGGGCUACUGUAUCCAGGGCUAGGGCUCGGGAGGGACAGAGGGAUUACUAGAUGGGAGAGGGAGGGAGGGGAAGCAAAGAGUGCAGUAAACGACUACCGCUGUAAAAUGGCUGUUUGUUGGACUGAAUUUACCCUGGGACUUGGGUUUGGGAAGCUUUGAUGGAGAGGGACGGGUGGGUGGAAGGAUGGAUGGGGGAGGAGGGAGCACAGUAAAUGACUACCGCUGUAAAACAUCAGGCUCUUUAGCUGUGGGCUAAAGCAAGCCACUUAACACUGAUACAGAUCAUUAGGGAUCCUGGUCCUUUCUAAAUAUCUAUCUGACUGGUAAAACCGAUAAAGUUGCUGGUAAAUUAUGGGAUGUUUUGGGUGACUGUUCAGUUUGGAAAACAAAGGUUUAGUGUCCUGCCUGGAUGACUUGACAGAAGGACAGGGGCAAACAGUAAAUAAGUACCACUAUUAAUGGCUUGUCCCUGGUAUUAUGGCUCGUGCGGUGUGUAGUGGGACAGGUGAAGGGAUGGGAAGAGUGAAGUGCAGUACUUGGGUUCUGUACUGUAUAGUACUGUAUACACCAAACCAGGGCAAAGCUUGCAGUUUUCAUAGUUCUACAGCUUAUUUGUUGUAAGCUGUAGUUACGUCGGCAGGUUAUCUGAACAGCUCCAAAAGUAGACAAAUCACCAGUAAAUUGUAUUAAUCAAGGGCUCCUUAAAAUGGUGCUUUAGACAGGUUUGAGAUCAGCUUGCAGUUCAAAUUAAGAGCAUUUAAAAAAAAAAUGUGUAUUUGUGUUUUAAAAUAAGGCAUUUAGAAAAGUUGAAUCCAGUGUUAAAGAAGUGGUCAGGUGCUGUCAGGUGCUCAGGUCUUAUGUGGUGUAUUAUCAGAGAGCUGCGUGCUCACAUGUCCUGCUCAGUGCCAUUUAGUCUCUCACUGUGGCUAAUCCUGUGCUUACAGACUCACAGUGACAAACACAUUGAGCCCUGCUCUUACAGAGAUGAUCUGUUCCAAUCACCUAAUACUGAAUGCUCUAUAUUAUUAUAAAAACUACAGCUACUAGUGUACAGUUUGAAUCGAAAGACAAUUGCCCUCAGUGAUGUUUUAAAGUAAAACUACUUACUGUGCAUAAUCAUCUGAUCUGUUAGACAAAGCGGCUCCAAUCACCACCUGUAUUCCAGCAGCUGCUUCCAAUAUUAGUUAUCUUACCACAGCAGUGUUGCAGGGGGCAGCGUAAACUUACUUCCAUAGGAGCAGCAUUGUGACGUCCUCAAUGGCCGCGCAAGACAUUCAAAUGAUCCACCUGCUGGUGAAUCUUUACUGUGGUUGGUUUGUCUACUUUAGGAGGUGAUCAGUUAUCACCUGAAGGUUCUUUUAAAAGUUCGUUCAUCAAAGAAUCAGUGGAAGCAGCAGGUGAACUGUGAUCACAGCAGCUUCCUGCCCUGCACAGUACAACCUGACCAAACUCUUCCUACGGCUCAGCUCCCAUCCCUUCCUGUUCCACAUCACUGACUGCUGGUGCUCAUCUUCCCCUGGUUUGAGACCAGGACAAAGAUAAAGGAGAGGAGAGUAUUGUGUUUACAUGCACACCACUGAUCUCCUUAUUUUGUGUGUGUGUGUAGGCAUGUGUAAAGGUCAAAUGUACAAUAACCAGAACUAGUUCAUGUUUGAGGAAAAUAAAGGUGCCUGGGAUGUUAUCCACCAUAUUUAGACAUGUCUGCCUUUAACUGGUUAACUGUUGGUACCUGCCAUCUGCAUAAACAGUUAAAUUUAGAAAGACAAACGUGACACGUGUGACAUGACCUUUUUAUCCAGAAUACUGUGCACGUAAAUACCAGAAUUGUCAGGUUGGGCAGCCUGAUAGAUUUUGGAGUACUACAUGCAGGUCAUCUGCAUCACUAACUAGCAGAGUGAGAACCUGCAUUAUGGUGGAAAUGUUUUCAUCUGGGGUAUUUUUGUCUGCUCUAUCAGGGUUUUUGAUUCUAAAAACGGUAAGAGUGGCCAGUCAUUUAUCAGCCACCAGCCUUUCCUGACUUUUCUGUGUUUUACUGCCAGAUUCAGGCUCUCUUGACAGUGUUUGACCCUCCUGUUCUUCUUCCUGGCCAACAGGGAGGACCCUGUUCCAGAAACCUAGUCUUGUGUUGUUGUUUUUACACUUUAUUUCCUUGCUUUUUAAAAGAAAAAUGUCAUAAAUAUGUUGUCUAUCAGUAUUUAAAAAUAGGAGGUGGAAGACUAGGGGACUGCUAAUGUGUCGUUGCUUUAGUUUAUUCUUCUUUUGUGCUUUUUUCUGAUGAUUUACUGUUGUGGUUUCGACCCAUCAAUCAUCCCUGCCAAAUGCUGUUGUUAGGCAGUCAGGAGAAAGGCUGGCCUCUCGGCUGCCUGUCUAGAGCGUCGCUAGGACCACAUGCGCUGGCUCUUUUUCUGUUUGUUUGUUUUGAACACAAACUUGGCUGAAAUGACUAAAGGAAAAAAAAAAAACUUAGUCUCCUUAUUAUGUACAAAAUCAUUUUUAUUUCUUGUUUUUAUUGUAUUUUUAAAUCAUAAUUUGGAUGCUGAAGCAGUCAUGUUAACAAAGGAACAGGAAAACCAAGCUGUAUGCAAAGUCUGUAAAUAUGAAAUGUGGGUUUGUUCAUACUAGACUAUACACACGCACAGGACUGGAAAUUGUAUUUGUAAACUAGCUUUGGUUUGUGUAAUAAAUUACUUUCUAUAACAA